GCUUGUACAAAUUUCAAAAUGCCGCCAUAUCUCGGGCGGAUUGUCCCAAGAACGACUAGGAUAUUCCGACUUCCGUCGCAACUCCAGUCCCGCGCCAAACCACUCCCAUUGUACCUUUUGACGCGGCCGGAAGUCCUUGCCCGCCGCACGCCCGCGAGUCAAUAUCUCAGCAAAGAGCUACGCAAUUACUCCACGACCGAUUUCCCACCCGAUAUCUCCUCGUCGAUCUCUCCGGAUUCGCUGCCUGUCUGUUGCCCAGGAUGCGGGGCGUAUACGCAGACCGUUGAGCCCGCCGAGCCUGGGUACUACAGCAAAACCAGAAAACACGUACGAAAGCUUGGGCAGGAGGCGCAACAGCUUGUCGCAGCCCCGGACGCUGAAGGGGAGAAGGCGGCAGAAAGAAUCCAGCAGUAUCUCGCGAAAGAAGCUGCAGAUUGGGGCGAGUCGUCGGCCAGACCCAAGAGAUAUCUUGAGAAAGAUGCUGCUGCUGCUGGCGAAUAUCUCGCAAAGACACAAGCGCCCAUACAGGUUUGUGACCGAUGCCACGACCUCCUUCACCACAAUAGGGCCGUCCCGGCCAUCUCACCCUCGAUCGACUCCAUCCGGGCAUACCUGGACGAGUCGCCGCACAAGCAUAACCAUGUUUACCAUCUGGUGGACGCAGCCGACUUCCCCAUGUCUCUCAUUCCAAAUAUCUACAAAGCACUGAACAUCAUGGAACCACGCUCGCGGAACCGUCGCUCGGCCACCCACCAGUAUUCGGGCUCCAAGAGGCUCCCAACCCUUCACAUUGUCAUCACGAGGUCCGAUCUCUUAGCCCCUACGUGGGAUCUGGUCAACUCGAAGAUGGAGUACAUCCGCAAGAUGCUCCGUAUCCAACUCAAUCUGUCGUCCGAAGAGUUCCGUCUGGGCCAGGUGCACAUGAUCAGUGCGCAGCGAGGCUGGUGGACCAAGCAGGUCAAGGAGGAGAUCCAGAACCACGUGGGUGGCGUCUGGGUAGUUGGCAAGGCCAAUGUCGGCAAAAGCAGUUUCAUCGAGGCGUGUUUUCCCAAAGACUCGAGAAAUCUGGAGAAGAUCGCGGACCUCGUGGAACAACGGGAGAUCGAGUCGAAGCGGCAGGGCCAGCAGCAGCCGGAGGAGCACCUAAGCUUUCUCGACUCGGACAGCCUCCUGCCCCCGGCACCCCGUGAGGACAUGUUCCCCGUGCUCCCCGUGGUCUCUACCCUCGCCGGCACGACCGUCUCCCCGAUCCGCAUCCCCUUCGGCCGCGGCCGGGGCGAGAUGAUCGACCUCCCCGGCCUCGAACGCGGCGACCUCACCAACUACGUGCGGCCCGAACACCAACGCAACCUCAUGAUGACGAAACGCGUCAAGCCCGAGCGCCUGACCGUAAAGCCGGGCCAAUCGCUCCUCCUCUGCGGUGGCCUCAUCCGCAUCACCGCCGUGCGACCCGACGACAUCAUCCUGGCGGCCUGCUUCGUGCCCUUCGAGACCCACGUCACCCGCACCGACAAGGCCAUCGAGAUGCAACGCGGCGACCGCCCCUACCCCGGCGACCCCAUCCUCCGCGACGACACCGUGGGCACCUUCGCCUCGGCCGGCCGCAUCGACCUCCAGUGGGACGUCACCCACUCCCACCUCCCCACCUCCAUCGCCAAGGCCGUCGCGGACCACGGCAAACCCAUCCCCGAGCUCCCCUACCGGGUCAUGGCCGCCGACGUCCUGAUCGAGGGCUGCGGCUGGGUCGAGCUCACCGUGCAGACCCGCGCCAGGUCGCACGCCCUCACCGUCGAUGAGUACGACGAGGACAUGGACGACGACUACCUGCUCGGCGCGUCCAAGGAUGUGGCGGCCUUCUCCCGCACGCCCCAGGUCGAGGUCUUCACGCCCCACGGUCGUCAUAUCGGAUCCCGGGCCCCCCUGGAGUGCUACAAGUACAUCGCCGAGAAACAGGCGGCGGUGAAACGGCAGGCGCGAGGUCGCGGCCGCCAGAGCAUUAGCCAUCAGAAACGGGUGAAGGCCAGCCGUCGUGCUUCCUCCUCUUAGGUUCCCUGUUUCUUUUCUUUUUUCUUUCCCGUCGGGCCCUCCGAGGGUAGGUGUAGGCAUGUAAAUGUAUACUAGCUUGUUCUACCUUGUCAUGUUCCGCAUAGCGAUUGGUGUUGUUCAUUUUGUCAUUGUCGUAUAUAAAGAAG